CCAAGCAAGGUGGUCACUGAUUCACUGAGCGUAGAGAGAGAAUGGCCCCAAAAGCUAUCUUCUUCGUUCUGCUUUGCUUUUCAUCAGUUUCUCUCAGUCCUGUUCUUGCAGAGACUGAGCAACAUGACGAUCCUGGCCUUGUUAUGAACUUCUACAAGGAAGCUUGCCCUCAAGCUGAAGACAUUAUCAGAGAACAAGUCAAACUCCUCUACAAGCGCCACAAGAACACUGCUUUCUCAUGGCUCAGAAACAUCUUCCAUGACUGUGCUGUUCAGAGUUGUGAUGCUUCUCUGCUUCUGGAUUCCACAAGAAGGACCUUGUCUGAGAAGGAGACCGACCGAAGCUUUGGUUUGAGGAACUUCAGGUACACUGAGACCAUAAAAGAGGCUGUAGAGAGAGAGUGCCCUGGGGUUGUUUCAUGUGCUGACAUUCUUGUUCUCUCUGCGAGAGAUGGGAUUGUUGCGCUAGGAGGACCUUAUAUUCCACUUAAAACUGGAAGAAGAGAUGGAAGAAAAAGCAGAGCAGAUGUGGUUGAACAGUACCUUCCAGAUCACAAUGAAAGCAUCUCUGUUGUUCUUGAGAGGUUCUCUGCCAUGGGAAUCGACACCCCUGGUGUUGUUGCACUUCUGGGAGCACACAGUGUAGGUAGAACCCAUUGUGUGAAGCUGGUGCACCGUCUGUACCCAGAGGUAGCCCCAGAACUGAACCCAGACCAUAUCCCUCACAUGCUGAAGAAAUGCCCGGAUGCGAUUCCUGACCCGAAGGCGGUGCAGUACGUGAGGAACGAUCGAGGCACGCCCAUGGUUCUAGACAACAACUAUUACCGGAACAUACUGGACAACAAGGGCUUGUUGAUAGUGGAUCACCAACUAGCCUAUGACAAGAGGACCAGACCUUUUGUGAAGAAGAUGGCCAAAAGCCAGGACUAUUUCUUCAAACACUUCUCCAGAGCCAUCACUCUCUUGUCUGAAAACAACCCCCUCACUGGCUCAAAGGGUGAGAUCAGAAGGCAAUGCAAUGUUGCCAACAAGCACCAUGAGGAGCCUUAAUUAAGUGCCUUUUAAUAUAUAUACCUCCAAGUUCAGUAGUUCGCUUUCUUCUUCUGUGUGUGUGAGGAAGAGAAGUGCAAGAACUAUUCAGAAUAAGGUGUUUGUUUCUUUUUAGUUCCUAGCUUUGCUCCUGUACUAGUAGCUAUAGUGAUAAUAAUGGUGUAUGUAUUAAUGAUGCAAGUGAAUGAUGACGACAAUGUCUGUGACAUUCAUGCACGCGAAGGCUGUUCAUUCACUUACAUCGUUAAGAAUAAAGUGUUUGUUCUUUGUAGUAGCUAUAGUAAUGAUGGCGUAUGUAUUUUAAUGAUGCAAGUUAAUGAUGAUGCGUGAAUGUAAG